UUGAACGAGUCAUUCUUUGAUAGUGACGUGCCUUCUCCUCACUUCCUGAACUCCAUCACUCGCAUACUAACGGAGCUAGUCGGUCAGUUGUUCAAAACCGUUGCUGGUGCUGGUGGACACUUGUUGUUUACUGUAUUACAUAGCUAUAUCAACUAUACUGCUGCCGAGGCAGAAGUGUGGUGUCGAAUAAACGUGCAUUGUCCAGGUGGAACGUUGACGCGCGUGUCCCUGUUUCUAUUGUUUGCCAUCCCGUCGCCAUUGGAUACAUCUUUGUCGAGUUGACCUGUGGUCAAAGUGUGCGGUGACAGUUUUGUAAAGUUUGCCAUCCUCGUAGAUGGUUGGAAAACUCAAGGACUUCCAGGCACGCUUUGAUGAUAGUGUGUUGAUUAUAUACAUUAUGGUCUCGCAGUAGGACACUAUUCCAUAUCCACCUUAUCGCAAAAUGAGACAAGUGGGAAUGGUCUAACCAAAACUGUGUUUUUGUCGUUUGGUGUGCUGAUAGUGUUCUCAUCCUACAUACUACUGAUAUUUUAGUGGCGUGGUCCAAUUGGGGCAAUCGUCGGAUAGGAAUGUCAACUGUGUAGAAAUGUUGUGGUUUUUGUGUAAACUGGAAAAAAGAAACAAGUGUCCUUAAUAAUUGAUUUAGCUUCAAUGGAACGAGAGCUACUGGCACCAAAUGUACGACUAAAGUGAUGAUGCUGCCAGUACAUGAAGUGAAUAAGCAGUUUAGCAUGUGGCAGAAGACCAAGUUUGAAAAGUGACGUCAUUUAUUCAUCAUUAUCACUCCAUCAACAACCCGGACCGGACCGAACGGCGCGCCGCAGCGAUAGACGGGUGCUAUUUUGGUGUUACUUUUACGAGGUGCCUUUACACUUCUAGCAGUCGCUCGUCAUUGCUAGGUCCAUCAAAGGAAUGCAUUAUACAUGAGAGUAAAUAGUAAAUUGAGCCACACAAUGGUCAUAUUCCUAUAUCUAAUACUAGUUCUCGCGUGGGCCCUGCUAAUUAUCAUACUGAAGUGUAAAAAGGCUCGCGCCAAACGACUCGCCGAACUUCAGGAAGCCGCCCAAUCGGUGCACGUGGUUCAGAUUGGCUCCAACCUUUACGACAUCAUGUCGAUUCAGCACCAUCAUCAUCACCGGGCGCCAUACGGAACGGUCUACGACUGUCUGGGGACGGGCGAGGUCUGCGGCCAGACGCACCGAUCCGGCACAACCACCGUCACACACUCGAAUGCCGCCUUCAUCGGCGACGACGGCAGUAUCUACCCGGGCAGCAACAUUCGUAAGUCUCACGAUGUCGUGCGUGUCACACAUAAUGGGUACCAUGUAUACUAUUCAUGCUAUUGGGGAAGUUUUCUAUAAAAUUGAAAAUAAUGC